AUGUUUCCAACACUUUUGGUCACCUCAUUGCUCCUCGCUGGUGUUAUCGAUGCCACAGACUAUCAAUGUUGGAACUUCAAGUCACAGGACGCGUUACGACAGAAAUACAUCAGCACUCUGAACACUUAUAGAUCAGAAAUUGCGAAAGGAACAUCAAAGAAUGCCUCAGGCACAUGCCCACAAGGACAGAAUGUGUACAGACUGACAUGGGAUUGUCUUCUCGAAAUUCGCGCACAAGAAGCUGUCGAUAGAUGUGAUGGAAAAAUAACAGCUCUGCCUGGACAGGCUGCACUCAUAAAAACAAUAGACUUGAACGUUUGCAAUGCGAUCCCACUUCUCAAGCAAACAGUGGAUGGAUGGUGGAGUGAAGUCACGACAACUGGUGUUCAGAAUCCUCCGCUUUUUACCAGUGAUAACUUGAAGAGUUUUGCUACGUUGGCCAACGGAAAGCUCACAAGGAUUGGUUGUGCACAGAAAAACUGCGAAUCAAAAUUCUAUGUGGCAUGUGUGGCCUCCCAUGAGACUCCAGCAAAAAACACCAAUAUUUAUGAAGUUGGACCUGGUUGUAGUCAAAAUUCUGAAUGCACGACAUACAAAGAUUCAACAUGUGCGAAAAAUGACAAGCUAUGUAAACCCGGAUACAUUGAUAAUACAACAACAACGACAACAACAACAACAACAACAACAACAACAACAACAACAACAACACCAAAUACAACAACAACUACUACUGCUACUACUACUACCACUGCUACUACACCUACUACAACAACAACUACAACCACAACUACGAAACCUCCCGCUCCCAGUACAAUAUGUCCCAACAACUCUCAUAUAUUGGAAGAUUCGAUUAGAAAAAUAUUCGUGGAUCUACAUAAUCUGCAUCGAUCCGAACUGGCUCUAGGGACCACUCCAAACGGAAAAACUGGAAAUAUGAUGCGAAGAGCGUCGAAAAUGAUGAGAAUGACAUACGACUGCAACGCAGAAACAACUGCUUACGCAUGGGUGCAGGCAUGCUCCAACACAGAAUCUCCUGCAAAUAAUCGCUCCGGUUACGCCGAAAAUCGCCACAAUUUCCCCAAUCUUGUUCUUAAUAAUACUGUGGUAGCCACAAGAUCAUGUCAUAGAUGGUGGCGACAAAUUGAGUCAUUUAGUGUACCGCAAGGCACUAACAUCUUCCAGACCAAUGAGGGAAUAUCGAAUUUUGCCCAGAUGGCUUGGGAUACUCACGAGAAGAUUGGCUGCGCAAUAAAGAAAUGUCCUGACUUUAUCCUAUCAGUAUGCCAUUAUGGACCAGGAGCAGGACAACCUGGCAACCAGAUUUACAAAAUGGGCCCUACUUGCCGUCGAUGCCCGGCUGGAACUACCUGUGUUGAUGGACUUUGCACUCGCCCUUCAUAG